GGCCGGCAGCGCCUCUCGUGCCGCGCAGGUCGGCACCAACCUCACGGACCUGCUGCUGCGCAGGAAGGUGACGAUCCGCGAGCUGGGCGGCUGCAUGGGGCCCAUCUGGCCCAGCUACUACGGGGACUGCGGCGCCGUCCUGUUCAUGAUCGACGCCGCCAGCCCCACGCAGGUGGCCGCGUCCUGCACCCAGCUGCUCUCCGUGCUCUCCGCCGAGCCGCUCGCCUCCGUCUCCGUGCUCGUCCUCUUCAAUAAGAUCGACCUGCCCUGCUACAUGUCGCUGGUGGAGCUGAAGUCGCUGCUCCGCAUGCAGGACAUCGUGUCCUGCGCCACGCAGCCCAUCGCCAUGGUGGAGACCAGCGCGCGCGACGGCACCGGCCUCGCCGACGUGCUGCAGUGGCUGCAGGCCGCGCUCUGAGGCCGCGCCGGGGCCCGGCUGCCCGUCGCGGGGACG